UGUUUAAGCUUCAUGCAUCGUUGGUUAAUACUGUUAAAACACUUUCCAUGGCAUCUUUAUCAGGCCGUAUCAGUGGAUCUUUCGUUUACUCAGAUAGUUUUUAUCAGUUCCUUGCUUGCGUGUUCCAUUUCUCAGUGUGAUCUGUUAUUAACACUUGGUGAAUAGUAUUAGGAGAACGGUGGUUGUUAUAAAAACUUGAUAGAAUGAAUAAUAACAAUGCGCAUAAUGUGGUACGUCGUAGCGUGCCGUGUUAUUUUUGUAACGAAUUUUUGGAAGAAAGAUAUUUGUCGGAACACGUUAAACAUUGUGGUGCUGUUUUAGAGGAAUGUCCACAUAAAUGUGGGGUCUACGUGCCAAGAAGGAACAUGCAGAUACACGAUAGAUCGUGUUUGAAGAAAAUAUCAAAGAGAAACAACAGCGAGAUCAAAGUAGAUCCGAAUGAUUCUAUGUGGAAAGAAAAGGUAUUGUCUAUAUUGACUUUGUUACGUGGUUCAAUAGACGAAGCGGAAAGGGAACGUAAACGUUUGAACGAGACGAUGAUCAAUAAUUUUACUCUAUUACAUCGCAAACAAGAAAUACUGGACAUGAUGCGAUUGAAUACGAUCGAAUCGUUAGAGGAAACUCGUAAAAAUAGUUCAACGUUGGAUCAAAGGUUGAACGUUCUUGAAUUGGGUUGCGAUAGUAUGGAACAACGUACUUGCAUCAGCUUUCAAAAGAUCUCGGAACAAUUGCAAUUAUUGCAGAAAGGUUUGAACGAGGAACAAAAUAAGCAGGACAAAUUGUUCGACGAUUGGAUUAAAGAUUUGAGCGAGUUGAAAACGUUUGUUGCUAAAGAAAGUAUACUUGUCAGUGGUAUAUGGCAAGAACAAUUAAAGAGAAUUCACGAUCUGAAAUUAGAAUUAGAGAUGAGGUGUAAGGAUUCGAAAGAUUUGGUAAAUAAGUAUGAAGAACUUCAAGAGAAAAUUGAUUCCAUUGGGAAGGAAACUCGUGAACUUGUUCGUACAACUAACGAACAACGAAAGGAUAUAAAAGCGUUGAGAUUUCAAGCUAAAGAAAAUUUGAUUUACGUCGAAGAACUUGUAAGAGAUAGUUCGAAGGUUGUAACUUUGGAAAAUGAUGAUAACAGUGAAUGUAAGUGUUGCUUAAGAGAACUCGGACCAUUUUCGACGAACGGUCGUCUCAUAUGGCGAAUCGAGAGAUACAAAGAAAAAAUAAACAUUGCCAAGGAAGACGAUAGUCCGAUUUAUAGUCCAAUAUUCUUGAACAAGGAUUACGGAUAUACCCUUAGAAUGGAAUUGUUUCUUAACGGUCUGGGUCAAUGGAAAGAUCGUCACGUUAUUGGAUGCCUUAAAGUAGAAAACGGGAAGUGGGAUCCACUGUUAGAUUGGCCUUGUAUUUUACGAGCGACAGUAAUAUUGAAGGAUCAAGAAAAUCCUGCUAACGAUUUGCGAAAAAUUGUUAAAAGUGUUAGACGCGAGAACAGUGAUACGGAAAAGCCUGAUAAAGAGUCUGGGUUGUAUAUGUUCAUUCCUCACACCACUUUGGCUAGAAAUUCAGGAUAUACCAAGAACGAUGUUAUGUUUUUAGAAAUUCAAGUGAAGGAUAUAAAAAAGAGCGACUCCAUGCCGUCCUUAGUUACAUAAAUCGUUGCUAAUGAACAAAAAAAAUAAAAUAAAAUAAAGAAGGAACCAAAAAUAUAUAUAUAUAUUAUAUAUAGUC